UGGUUCCUAGCAGCAGCCCUAUUCCAUCACACGCUCCCGGGGCCAGCAAUCAGGCGAGAGGGCUUGCGGGGUGCCACGCGGGAGAGAGCGCGAUCCGAAUCGGGUCCCAGGUAAACGCACAACCGGGCUGGGGCCAAAGGAGAUUGCUUACCCGGGCGAUGCCUUGACACGCCGACCUGGAUCUCCUUGCACAGCAGUUCCCAGCAAACAACUUUUUCCCUCCGCAAACGCGUCCCGAGACCGGCGUCCUCCGAUCACUCCCUACUAGGUGUUCAGAGCGAGCAACUAUAAGGAUGUCUUCUUUAACGCUAAAAACAACGGCAGAAAUGUUACGGAGGCCGCUGCAACAGGUGUUCCGUCAGUUUGUAAGACACGAGUCUGAGUUUACAACACCCUUAGUUCUUGAAAGGUCACUGAAUCGUAUCCAGCUGCUCGGCCGCGUCGGACAGGAUCCCGUCAUGAGGCAGGUAGAAGGGAAGAAUCCCGUCACGAUUUUCAGCCUUGCAACCAACGAGAUGUGGCGAUCGGGAGAGAGCGAAGUGUUCCAAGGAAGUGACAUCACCCAGAAAACAACGUGGCACAGGGUCUCCGUGUUCAGGCCGGGCCUGAGAGAUGUGGCUUAUCAGUACGUCAAGAAGGGUGCUCGAAUCUAUGUGGAAGGGAAGAUAGACUAUGGGGAAUAUACGGACAAAAACAACGUGAGACGGCAAGCUACGACAGUCAUUGCAGAUAACAUUAUUUUCCUGACUGACGUCUUGAAAGAAAAGGAAUGACCUGGUUGGUUUCUUGGACUUUGGCUUGAGCGGUUUCAUUUCUAUUUUUGUAGCAUUUCCUAAUUCUGCAAUCAUGUAACUUCCUAUAGUUUGGUUUUUUGUUUUGUUUUUUUGUGGCUGUAAUGAAAAUAAUCUUUUGUACGAAUUAGCAGAACCAUAUGAGUGUGUGGUUGUUCUUUUCCUGCUUUCUUCGAUCGGGCUUAUGGCAGCCAGUGUAGUGAAGUGGUUAGAAUCUUAAUCUGGGAGACUCCUGGUUCAAAUCUCCUCCCCCCGCCGCUAUGGAAGCUUGCU